AUGGAGAAACAACCACCCACAGACUACAAAGCACCUCAGCCGACCGGUGCCCGCAUCGACAACCCCAGUGGAGACGGGCUAGAUCGCGACCGAGCGUACGACUCCGGAUUUAAGUAUCAGAUCCCUGAAGCCAAUGGAGCGGGGUACAACAAUGGCGAACCCACCGGACCCGGAUAUCAGCAACCUGCCUCAUUUGGAGAAGACAAACCGACCAACACCACGCAAAGCCAGGGCGGGAAUAUGGGCGAGAGGGUUGGAAGUGGCGUGAGGGGUGUUUUCGCGGGUAUUCACGGCGCUGGCGAGUGGCUGCGCGGGGGCAUCAACGCGGCAAUCGAUAGGACGUUUGGAAGCGAGGAGGGGGUGACAAGGAACGAGGCGAUCGCGAGGGCGGGCCAGCAGGAGAUCUCAUCGGGGAGGUUUAGUCGUGACAACCAUGAAGGAGCCUGGAAUAAUUCGAGACGUGGAUAG